AUGACAGCCCAUAUUCGACACAUACAAGUCCAGGUUUUUAGCAUUCUCAGCUCCAUCGAAUGCCGUGAUCAUGAAAUGCGCAAAAAGGAUAUGAGAAGAGAGGAGGGAUGUUGGGCGCAUCAGCCGCAGCUGCAUGGCGCGCAGGUUCACCAUAUCAGUUGGCUCCACGUUAUGGUAUGGACCGACUGGGCAAUACCAAUAGAGGAACAUGAGAACAUGCGUGAGCGAGGUCUACGGGAGUCCAACAAGAAUAUCGCAGAUGAUGGAAGGCUUUCUAGGAACUUCAUAUGUCGCGCGCUUGGCAGAGAAAUGCGGCAUGAUUUGCUGGAUAAGUUGGUUGAUGAUGGAGAGGAGCAUGAAGAUGCCAAACAUUUGGUUUUGAAGACCUUGGAUGAUGUUGGGGGAGAUACGUCAUCUCAAACCAGUCAAUAUCGGUGUGUGAUCCGGAGAAGCACUGAUGACGUCCAGCAUCCCUUCAGCGCGGAGGACGACCGUUGCGGACAAAUAGAAGUCGCCGCCGGCUUGAAGAAGGAGAACUCGAUUGAAUCUCUGCAAGAGCAUGGUAGAAGGGUGGUUCAUGCACAAUGGACACUCAAGGAACUUUACAAAGGCCUGGCCGUUCUGCUUCAGUUUUUCGAAGAGGUCAAGAAUAGCCCCGGAUGUUUUGAGAAUCGGGCCCUGAAGUCGGUUCUGUUCGCCCAUCGUUCCCAUGGCAACUGCUCAUUACCUUCCCCAAAACUCGACAUCCUGGCCCCAUUCGGCCGCAGCACCACUGAGAAGUCUCUUUUCGGCAAGUAUAUCACUACAGGCUACUACGUCGGCCUCGUCAAAAACUCUAGCAUGCCUGACAACGCCCUCGUCCACAACGCAGCUGCGGACAACAUCAAAUGUAGGUUCGCACACCUACCUGGAGCGUAUAUCUUCAUACCCACAGGAGUCGCCGGACUACAUAGGGUAUACUAUGCCACGCCCCAGUCCAGCAAGUCCAUCCCACUGUCCGACGAUGCCGUGAAGGCGGACAUCAUCAAAGCGAUCAAACAGCCCCAGAAUAAGAACCCGGCCAAAUUUCCCCCAGGCGAGCCGGAAUUAGUGACUUUCUCUUCACAUGCUCCGUACAGCCUGCAGGGGCGAAAGGAAGACGCACCGGACCGGAGCUGUGUGGAAGGCGCACGACACUAG